GUUUCACCAAGGAAGCAGCAUGGUUGUUCCCUUGGUGCUUUGGGGGAAACGUCCUCCUACCCAUUCAGUAACGUGUGUUCUUAUUACAACUGACCAAAACACAGUAGUUACUGGCUCGUCCAAUGGUCAACUUUGCUUGUGGAAAUUGUUGCCGUCGCCUCACAAAAUUGUGCCAAGAAGUCUGUUGUUUGGACACGACUCAGCCGUUAGUGUUCUUACUAAUUCUACAGACUCUGUCGAUGGUCAGGUGAUUUUCAGCGCUUCUACAAGCGGGGAAGUGUGCUCUUGGAAUGCAGCUGAUGGAGCCUGCCAUAACAGAACGAAGCUUCGUGGAUGCCCCAUGACACUGAAGGUGUUUUGCAUUUCAAGAUCUCCAAGGAAAGAGUGGAAAUUAAUUUGCUCUGGGAAGUUUCCUGACAUCUUCAUUCUUGAUUGUGAAACUUUGCAGGUGUUAAACAUUCUAAAACAAAAGUCAGAUCCUGAAUGGAUAGAAGCAUUGUGUUUUUUUACAUCUACGAGAAAGAAAGAAAAUUGUGUUAUUUCGUUAUGUGGGAGUGGUAAUUUGAAAGUAUGGUCUGUUGACAAUAUUGAAAAUGAGGUUGGUGAAUUGGUGUAUGAUCAAAAGACAAAAAACAUCGAAGAGAUUCGUGCUGUUUCAAUGGCCUGCAAUCCAUUUUCUGGUGGAAACCUUCUGCUUGUGUGUGAGGAUCACUUUGUAAUAUAUGACAUUUCUUUCGGGAAAUUUCACAAAACUUGCAGUGCUUUGUGUGCUGAUAAGUUUUUGCUUACAGGAGGUGAUUUUAUCAGUGACUCAAUGGUGGUGGUGUGGACACAGAACAAUUGUGCCUUUAUUUAUGAAUACUCUAAUCCUCCAGUGGCUCAGUUGUGCUCUAUCAAGGACACGUCUGCUGUGUAUAAUUCAUCAAGUUGCUAUUCAUUUUCAUUUGCUCGAACAUUGCCUUUUCAACGUUUUCUUGUGCAAGGAUGCAGUUCAGGCAGUGUGACAUUAUGGAAAUUGUGUGUUGACCAAUCUGAUGAACUAUGUGAGACAAGUAGCAAGACUGUUUCUGUGUACCAGUAUGCAUCAGCUAGCAUCAGUGAUGCAUGGAAAAGUGGCAAGGCACCUCAUGGUCUUACUGAUGGACUGAAUGCUAGCAAAGGCACCAGUUCACUAGUUACUGCUAGCUUGUACUUGGCUUCAUCUGGGUACAUUGUUUGUGGUCACCAAGAUGGCUCUAUAAUACUGAUGGUUGCAUUGCAAGCUGCUAUUUCACAACUGUUGGAGAGCUCUUCUGGCUGGAAAGCUGAAGUUCCUCAUAGGGUUUUGAAAGGACAUCGAGGUGCUGUGACAUGUUUGCUGUAUCCUCAUGCAGAUGAUUCUGUUCGGUAUAGCGAGAAAUUUCUAGUGUCUGGUAGCAAGGACUUUACUGUGCAUCUUUGGGAUCUCACUUCUGCUACUCUCUUGCGGACAUAUUCAGUUCAUGGGGGAGAGAUUUCUCAUCUCUCUUGCUGCCCAUCUGACUUUCAGGACGUUCGUCUAAAUUGUUGCAUCUGUUCUGUUGCUACUGAUAAUUCUGUGGCUUUAUUGAGUCUCAAAGACAAAAAGUGUGUUCUUCUUGCAUCUUGCCACACGUUUCCAGUUGAGAAAGUCCAUUGGAGACCAAAGGAAAAUUUUGUUAUUGUCAAAUGCUCUGAUGGUACUGUUUAUGUUUGGCAAACAGAUACAGGCCAUUUAGAUCGCUGUGAAAGUGGUUCUGCAGCAAUGGAUAUUAUGUCAGCCUCUUUAGAAUACCCUUCGGCUUCUCAUGCUCCAUUGUCUUCAUUUUCUUUGAGUGGUGUGGCUGGUAGAUAUCAGCAGGGCUUUGGCUGUGACAUAAACCAUAGAGCAUGGAAUGAUAUGGUUCUUCCUCUAAGAGUUGAAGCACUACGAACAAACUUAGCUGAUUCCGUUUUUCAUGUGGUGGUGUUUGACACUGAAGCCUUGAUUACUAUUUUGUCUUCCAGAGCAACCUCUCUGCCGUCUGGCGUUGCUCUCAUAUCUACUGAUUCACAUGCACAGUUGAAAGUUGCUACUGCUGGUAGUGGAAGCCCAAAGAAGGCUCACAUAGACAAAGGGAAUCCAGCUGUUGAUGAAUUUCGACGGUAUUUAGCUGCUAGGCGAGUGAUGGGAUCUGCUAAGGCGGGUUCUGGAUCAGUAGAACCUUCUCAUAAGCAGCUGCCUUCACCUCAACAGCGAAAGCAGAAAAGGCGUGAACAGCGAAGAGCAGAGAAGAUCCUAUCAGGCAAAGGGACUGGUGGUGUUCGAGUACGUGAACGAGCUUUCACUUUGGGAAUGGGGUCAAUGGAAGGGGGCCUCAUGAACUAUACUCAUAAUGUUGCACGUUUGCUUCUGUCUUGUCUGCACGCAUGGAAUCUGGACAAGUCAAUGGAUGAGUGUUGCUGUGAUGUUCUGGGUCUUGCUAAGCCAAAGGAGAAACUGUCACUUGGACUGGUCAGUGGUGAUCAUUUGUCACUACUACUUCCAGGCCUUCACAGAAUUGGAUGCAGUGAUUCUGAAGACUUAACAUCUAUGACUGCUGAUCAUACAGCAGCUCUAGCCUCUGAAGGAUCCUUAGUACCAGAGGGAAGAUUAUAUGAGCACCAGUGGCAAGUGUCAUCCAGUGUGACUACAAAGUUGCUAUUGGUUGUUGUCUCUUUGGCGAAUACACUGAUGAGUUAUGUUACAACAGAUAGAGAUGGUCAAGGUCCCAAGUCACCUCUUGUUGCCCCUGACCCACUCUCUUCAGCUCAGUGGUCAAAGUUCAUGAGUUUUUCAGAUUCAAGCGAUGCCAGCAUCCGUGCAGGUUGGAGUCAGGUUGCAGCAAUGCAUUGUGUAAUGCUACCAGAACAGAUUGGUCCUCAUUAUCGUCCACCAAAUCUCACAGUUUUAGCUCUUCGCUGGCAAGAUUCAUGCCAGGAGAUUCGUGAAGCUGCCCAAGCUCUUUUGCAAGCUGAACUGAGGCGGUUGGGAAAGGAUGGUCGUUCUCAGCUAACCAAUGUGUGGUACCCAUUUCUUCCUUGUGCAUCUCGUACUGCUGUGCAUGGUGUGUCUGCAACCCACACUGGAUUGUUUUUGUCACCUCAGUUUGAUAUGCGUGGUAUUAGCGGUGACUUCAGGCAGCUACAAGCAACGGCUGUAAUCUUACUAGGUGUUAUUGCUGCAGAGUUUGAAGGCAGUCAUGGUGACAGUAAGCUAAGGAAGAGGUCUGGUAAGUGUUUACUUGGUGAAGGAGAGCUUGAUUCGAAGGUUAUCCAAGAGACUGCCAAAUCUCUGGAGAUGUUGCUGCUUGAGAGGGUGAGUGAACGCUACCCAGUGAAUAGCCCAAUGCGUCGGGCUAUGGCUGAUCUGAUGGGCAGAGGUUUCAUCCACUGGGCUAAUCACAUUGAUUCUGGGGCUGUUCUAUUGUUUCUUCUUGAAUUGUCUUGCGAUACUGGCAGUUUCUUCUCAAGUACACAGCCUGGUUUACAAUCUGCUGAGAUGUGUGGACCGAAUGCUACUACAUGCCAAAUUGCACGUCAUGCGCUUGGUUUGUGUGCUAUGGCAAGACCUAUAGUGUUCAUAUCUACAGUAGCUAAAGAGGUUGGCACUGUUAGCUCAUCAUCAAGCCAGGAAGUUAGUGGUAGUUACUCUAAAAUGGAUAACGCUGUAACAAAACCGAAGGGGAAAGAGACAACUACUGCACAUUGGCAGGCUACAGCAUGUAAGAGUAUUCUUCUUCGGGCAAAGAAAACAAUUAUGUACGUUUUAGAAACUCUUAUUGAGAAGAUGCAAGACGAAGUUGUCUUUCAACUUGUAGAGGUUGUUGAAAUUAUUGUUCACUGCUUUGAACCAGGUUACCUGAAAGUCUAUGGAUUGUCCAAAGCAUUUCAAUCGAUUCAGCGUUUUAAUCUGGUAAGCUAUUGCCAUGGACCACGGAAGCUGGCUGUUGGGUCUCGGAAAGGAGAGAUAUUAUUGUAUGAGUUGAAGGGUCCUAGAAGCCAGAUCAUUACUCCUCAUGCAUGCCCUAUAACUGCCGUAUCAUUCUCGCCAGAUGGACGAUCACUAGCUACAUAUUCUAUUGGUGACUCAAAGAUUACUGUGUGGCAGGUUGCUUGGUCAUUUUUAGGUUUGUCGUCUGUGCCAAAGUUGCUGAUGUCUUUUCCGACGGAACCUUGCAAACCAAGAACUGCAACGCAGCUGCUGAAAACUGUCAGUUUAGUGUGGGUCAGCCAAAGGAAACUUGUACUCAUAAUGGACCAGAAGCAGCAGUCUUUCGUGGUCUAGUUGAUGCGUUUUGAGUGUUUUGGUUCUAUAAACCGUUUAGUAUUGAUCAAUUUGACAAACGUUGUUUGUUCGUUGACACAAAAGUUGAACUAGUAAUCUAAUU